AUGUCCAAAUCACGAACCAAGUCCGGCUGUUUUACCUGCCGAAAGCGCAAGAAGAAGUGCGACGAGCGGUUCCCCGUGUGCUCGGGCUGCUCGCGCAACUUCCUGCACUGCUCGUGGCCCGAAAAACGAGGUGCUGCGCUGCCCAGGAACUACGAGAUAAAAGCCGCAACGUCGCCAUCACAGCUGCCCCAGCCCGACCCCGAGGACCCCAGCGAGUACCUGAUCCCCUCGCACAUGUGCUUUGUGUUUGAGCUCGACUCCUACAAGCACCAGGACCGCAAAAUGGCGCCGCGGUUCGACAUUCUGACGUCCGAGCCCGCGCUCGACGUGCUGGUGGAAAACGCCCCGCCGUUCUCGUGGAUCAUCGUCGCCAUCCACACCUUGCACGCGCUCGAGACGAGCUUGCGCGAGCUGCUUGAUGCGCAGACGCUGGGAGCGCUCGCAGCGUUGCCCGACAGCCAUACGGUCCUCAACGUUGCCCUUCGCGUGCGACUGGCACGUCGGGCAACAGCGCGCGCUUCUGCUGGAGUCGCUCGAGACGCUCGCGAAGCUCGCGGACGCGAAAACCACAAAGCUGCUCGCCCCGGUGAAACACAAAAUGACGCUCACGUGGACGGCCAUCCAGACGCUCGAGAUCCAGAUCCCGCUCCAGGACCUCACGCCGGGCCAGUGCCAGACGCAGCGGAACCUUGCCGUGUGCAAGGCGCUCUUCUAUGCGCAGGAGAUUCUCUACUUGAAGCUCGCGGACGCCGCCACAGAGGCGGGCAGCCCUGUGGUACAGUUCUACCUCGAGCAGCUGGUGGCCGAGCUCGGCGCGCUGUCGGGCAACUCGCUCACGCUGCUGCUGUUCCCGCUACUGAUCGGAGGCUGCGUGGCCCGCAAAAUGGCGCACCGUGA